AUGUAUUAAUAACAUGUUCCAAUGACAAGAUUAUAAAGAGAGUUUCGUUUGAAACCACUUGAGUUCUCAUCUCCUUAGAAGGAGAACAUGCAAAAGAUCGCGCUACGAUACCCUGAAAGUGCAGAUUAUAACAGCAACAAUGGUAAAUAUUAGUCGAAUUUAUCAUUGCCUGCACUACCUCCUUUAAAAAAAUUGAACAAAAUAGAGCAAACGGUUUCAAUUUAUAAGGGCAAGGCUGCUCGUUUACCAUCGAUAUAAUUCACUGCAAGUGAGUAGUAAUUAUAAAGAAAAAAGCAAAUUUCAGAAAUAGAAGGAAUGAGGAAAUCUAUAACACCUGAAAAAAGAUUAGGCAAGAGAAAUUCUUUGAUAUUUGCAAUGAGAACUAAAGCUGGUUGUUAACCAAAUAAAGCAACAAAAAUUAAUUAAGAUGCCGCAAUUGUUUGUCCAAAAAAUGUUGAAAGUGUUGGAUAUAGGAUGUUUGCAGUUUGUGAUGGACAUGGCUUAAAUGGACAUAUGGUUUCGAAUCAAAUCAAACAACAAUUGCCUAAACACUUAGGUAGGCUAUUGAAGGAUGCUGAUAACAUCGAGAAUCAGAUUCAAAAAGCAUUUACAAUAACUAAUAGGGAAUUGUGGAACUCUGAAAUUGACACCAAUCUUUCAGGUUCAACUACAGUAUCAUUAUUGAUAACUAAGGAUCUUAUUUACUCAGCAAAUGUAGGUGACUCAAGGGCAAUAAUGUGUAGAUUUAACGAUGGGUGGAAGGUUGUUCCUUUGAGCAGGGAUCAUAAACCUGAUGAUCCUGAAGAGAAAUAAAAGAUUUUAGAGGCUGGUGGACGAGUAGAAUAAUAAAAAGAUUUGCAUGGAAAUCCAAUAGGACCAUUUCGAGUUUGGCUUUCGUAUAUCUAAGCUCCUGGAUUGGCAAUGGCCAGAUCACUUGGAGAUAAAGUAGGGGCUUAGGCAGGAGUGACUGCAGAACCAGAAAUCAAACAAUAUGCUAUAACUGGAUAGGAUCACUUUAUUGUCGUGGCUUCGGACGGAGUAUGGGAAUACUUAAGUAAUGAAGAAGUGAUGAACAUUGUAAUUCCGUACUUGGAAAAAGACAAUCCAGAUUAAGCUGCUGAGCGUAUAAUAAUAGAAGCCACACAAGCAUGGAGAAGAAAUAGUUUGGCUAGAGACGACAUUACUUGUAUAGUUAUAUUCUUAUAAAAGUGA